UUUUCUUAAAUCUUUGAUUUAGCCCCAACCUUUCAUUUUCAAUUUUAUAAAAUCCAAAAAAAUCUAAACUCGAAUUCAUUCGAGAAUAUAUAUAUCAACAGACAUUCCUUUCAAUUAAUUAACAAGAUAAAAUACUAAUUUAAUAUGGGUCAAUUAAUCUCUGGCUUGAAUCUCCGUUCAGGUGAUGCACUUGUACCUGAACUGAGUUUUGAUCUUGAAAACGCUGUACCUUCGAAUCAAGAACUUCAAUUGUACAACAGACUGUCUUCCGUCUUGAUUAAACCUUGUCCUGCCUUGUUACAUUUACUCAAGAGUUACGUACCUGCUUCUAAACAGAUCCGAGACGCCAUUGCUAAACCUACUCCUGAAAAUGAAGCAAGCGCUUGGGAUACUGUCUCACUUACAGUUGAUAUUUUACGUGACAUUUAUGAAUACUCUAUCGAUCUAAGCAAUCAUUUACCUAAAUUAUUGAGUGUGCUUUGUGAAGGCGAUGUAAAUAAAAACCUGGAGAAAAAUCAAGGUUUAGCGAGAUUGUUUGCUGAACUCUUGGACUUUGUUUUUGAGUUUGAUCGUCUUAAGAUGCAAAGUCCAACGUUACAAAACGACUUUUCUUAUUAUAGACGUAUGUUACAAAGAGGACGAUACAGCGAUAACACAAGCGAUCAAAGUAUAUCUGAUUUAAGAAGUGAAAUGAUUGAAGAUGACCAAGCAAAUCAUAUAUCCUUAUUUAUUGCCUAUCCUACGCCUAUGCUUAAGUGCAUUAUUGACAUCACUGCUGAAUUUGUAAGUAAGAAUCAAUUGCAAAAGAGUGUAGGAGGUUGGCUUGCUGCUUUAUGGGCCACUUGUUUCAAUACUGUAAGCAAGAAAAAAAAUCAAAAUCCUGAGAUAUCUGCAUUUUGUAUGAAAGUUAUGGUGGUCUCCAUUAUUCUGUAUGAUCAUAUUGAUCCUAAUGGUGCUUUCUAUAAACAUUCGCCUAUCAAUAUAAAGAACUCAGUCAAGAUAAUCCAAACGAUCAACAACAAUUUAAAUGCUUCUAAAGAAUGCAAUGCUGACAACUUGCUAUCAGCAUUAAGAUACAAUUCUAAGCAUUUAAAUGAUGAUACCACCCCAAAAAACGUCAGAAACCUGGUACUGGCUACAUAGAGAGAGAAAUCUAUAUGUAUAUUUUCUUGCAUCCUAUUCAUAAUGUAAAUUUUUGUUUGUAUAGCAAUAAAUCAUGAAUCCAUACCCCCCCUCCUUCUCAUAUAAA